AGUUUUCAGAUGCUGACCCAACUGCUGCUGUUGAGACGUACCGUAUAUUCUUUCAGGUUUGCCCUCCAGAGUGCUAGAAUUUGCUCUUGGUUCUAUUCCAAAGGUUCUAAAAUAGAGCAUUGUUUUUGAUGUCGUGUGAGGAUUUUGUAAAAAUGGGGUAGGUAGCAGUCCACGACUGUCCAGUUCAGUUCACAAGGACUUGAACAGUGUUCCUCUUUCAGGAUGAGCAUGGGGAGGACACGUAGAACAAGGGAUAGUAGGCAAAUUAAAUGUGUUGAAUAAAGAGCACAAACCAGCCCAAACUGCAAGUUUAAAUGAACGAUCCAGGAAGUUGUUACAUUUCCAAUGAUCUUAGUGGAGCCCAUGAAAGGCAUCAUCCUGCUAGGUCACAUGGGUCUUGGAGGUUGAAAGAUAGUUUUCUGCUCUUGGUUCACCCCUCGUUACCAGGGAGAAAGGUCAUGUAUGCCCCACAGAGAGGACUGUGUUAUGUAAACAACAAUACCAUCUUGACUGUACUAUUGUCUUACCUUUGGCCUUUACUUUCACCAGGAUCUCAGCGAUGGAACUUGCUAUCUAGAGGGAGACUUUUUAGCAUUAGUGAAAACCAUUUUGUAUCAAGCGACAAUGAACUGGUUUUCACCAUUUUUUUUAAUCUAUAUUUUUAAACGUCUACUUAUGGAAAGCAUGAUGUGAGAGGAAGAGGGGUGUUGGAGACAAGCUUUUCCCGGAAGCAGCCCCGUUUGGUUCCAGAGUCACUGCAGAUUGUUAGUCUAGCCAUGAAAACACUCUCCCUGGGGACCUGCAUUCGCUGUCAAGCUUCACUCUGAAGCCCGUAACCUCUUUAUAAUUGUUCCUUGUCUUUCUCUAUAGUCUUUUUAAACAGGUAGCCUUAAAUAUAGCUUCUGUAGACUUAGUCUGAAAUCCAUACUGAGAAAAUAGAGCACUUUGCACUAAUGACUGGAGAAACUGUGCUGUUUCCAUAAUGGCUGUCACUCAGGACUGCGGCUUCCCCAUUAACUUUGCCGACUCUUGGUCUCUCCUGGCCCUCAAGGCCUGGAGACAGGCUUCCUGCUUCCCCCUGACCCUGCUGCUCUGUGACUCCAGAUCAUCGUCUCCCACUCAUUUUACGGUUUAGACCUGCUCAACAAAAUUGUCUAAAGUUAUUUUUGCAUAACCUACCUUAACGUUCUUGCCUGUCUUAGUCCACUUAGGCUGCUGCGACCAAACCCAAUCCUCCAGAGGGGGUACAGAGUGGUAGAAGUGGAAGCCUACAGUUCUGGAGGUGGAGAAAUCCAAAGUCAAAGGUGCUGGCAGAUUUAGUAUCUGGUGUGAACCCUCCUCCUCAUAGAUGGCAUCAUCUUGCUACAUCCGCACAUGGCAAAAGGGAUGAAUGACCCACUUGCCUUGAUCUUCUUUUGUGGGGAUGUUAAUCUCAUUCAUGCUCCACCUUGUUGACUUCAUCACUUCCUAAAACCCUACCUCUUAAUAAGAUCAUAUAAUAAGACGUGGAUUAGCUUUGAACUAAAUGGACUUUGGUGGGCCACAAAUAUUCAAAUCUUAGCAGUCUACCUCUGCUUCUACCUAUCUUCACAAUCAAAAUACGUUCCUUACAUCCCAACAACCUCAAAUAUUUAAUUGUGCAAGUGUCAGCAUAGACCUGUUAAGUCUGGACAGUGGUCUGAGUGGCACUGUAGUGCCCUUCAGCUGCAGGCCUGUGGAUAACAGGCUGUGGGCAGAAGGGAGGCAAAGAGCACUUCUGCUGCUGCAAAGGACCAAGGUUCAAUUCCCACGAUCCACAUGACAGCUUACAGCUGCCUGUAAUUCCAGUCCCAAGGGAUCCGACAAUCCCCCCCCACCUCAGUAGUCACGAGGCACACACAAUACACAUAUAUACAUGCAAGCAAAAUACACGUACACAUAGAAAAUGAAGAAAAAACAGUUGUGUACUUUCAAAACACAAUAGUGAGACAUUCAUUGAAAAGACAUUCCCAUGACAAAAAAAAAAAAUGAGAAAUGGGAAAGGAAAAGGGGAGGACAGGUCCCAUUCCCACAGGGCAAACGACAUGUUUACAGUUCAAGUCUUUUCCUUUUUUUCUUUUUUGAGACAGGGUUUUUCUGUGUUAACAACGCAAGUCUUAACUAUAUAGCCUACCUUCCAGACAUACUGAGCUGAAAGUUGGGCUCCUGAGGGUGCAGCUCACAGCACAGUUCUCAUGGGUCAGAGUCUCGUUCCUACACAGAGGUGGUAUGCUGCUAGGUCCACCAUUCUGGGGUCUUGGUCAGUUAUUACCCUGCAGCUUUACCAGGCAUUGCCUAGUGGUCUGUGCAGUGGUCCCAUCCCCACGAGUACACAAGACAGCAUCCUAGUGAGGACUCUGUGGGGUGACUCAACUCUAUGGCACUUCUUAGCCUUGACCUUGAUACUCUCUGGAACAUUCUUUGACAUUUACAUGCAUAUAACCAUGCCCCCACAACUCUUGUGUUCUGUGGGGCUGUAGAAUUGGGAACAUAAAAUGCCACCCAAGUUUACUAUUGAUGUCCUUGAGAGUCGUGGCCCCUGCAAUCUCCAUUGCACCUGGCUUUUCAGGAACCACAUCUGAGGUUUCUGUAAGACACUACAUCAGACUGUAGGAAGCAGAGACUUGAUGUGACUAGCAGUGAGCCCUGAGAUUUCAGGGGUGUUCUGAGCCACUUUCUCUCAAACCAUGGUGUCAUCAAGGCCCAAGCAUUCUAAGCUUAUGAUAGGAAUGCAACCGCAGUCUCAGAACUGCUUUAAGGGUCAUCUUCCCAUUGUCUUGAUUCAUAGCACAGGGCUGAGCCAUUGUGAUCUGAUGAUGGACUCUUUCACACAGGCUUCACAGUUGUUAUUGUGAACUGCCAUGUGGGUGCUGGUAAUUAAACCAGGGUCCUCUAGAAGAACAGUCAGUGCUCCUAACCACUGAGCAAUCUUUCCAGUCCCCACAGUUGUUAUUGUAUAAACAAGCUAAGAAGGCCGAGAACUUUCCAGAUCUUGAGGUGCUGUUUCCCCUUUGGUUUUACAUUAUAUCUUUUGCUUUGGUUUUGUCUGUCUGUUGGUUUUCCGAGACAUUUCUAAGACAGUGUUUCUCUCUGUAGCCUUGGCUGUCCUGGAACUAGCUCUGUACACCAGACUGGCCUUGAACUCACAGAGAUUGUCCUGCUUCUGCAUGUGCCACCAUUGCCUGGUUGUAAACAUGUCUUUAAGAUGGCUUACCUGUAAAUCAAUGCGGCCAGAGACUUGCGAAAGAAUCACAGAUACGAUUUCUGAUCGCCUCCGAAUUCCUUGGCUUAGAGGAGCCAGAAAAGUUAAUAUUAGCAUCGUCCCUCCACUCGUGCUUUUGCCAGUUUUCCUUCACGUGGCUUCCUGGCAUUUCCUGCUGGGGGUGGUGGUUCUGACCUCCCUUCCCGUGCUGGCGCUCUGGUACUACUACCUCACUCACCGAAGGAAAGAGCAGACACUGUUUUUCCUCAGCCUUGGACUGUUCUCACUGGGUUAUAUGUACUAUGUGUUCCUGCGGGAAGUGGUCCCCAGAGGGCAGGUAGGGCCCACCCAGCUGGCUCUCCUUACCUUCGGGUUAUUCCUGAUACUCUUAGCCUUGUACCGAGCCAAGAAGGAUCCAGGCUACCUCAGCAAUCCAGCUUGCAGUGACAAAUGCCCCAGCAACAGCCAAAUCGAAUGCCCGAUCAAAAAAGGGCAAGAGAAGACCAAAGGGUUCCCUGGAACGGAUCCCUCAGGGAGCCUCAACAACCGCACACUGAAGGACGAUAUUAAGGGCUCCUCCAGGGUGGCACUUGACAGCCCUGCCAAGAUGAAGGAGGACUGGUGUGCCAAGUGCCAGCUAGUACGGCCCGCCCGGGCAUGGCAUUGCCGGAUAUGUGGCAUCUGUGUAAGGAGAAUGGAUCAUCAUUGUGUCUGGAUAAACAGCUGCGUUGGAGAAUCAAAUCAUCAAGCAUUUAUACUUGCCCUUUUGAUCUUCUUGCUCACUUCGGUGUACGGGAUAUCGCUGACCUUGAACACCAUUUGUAGGGACAGAAGCCUCUUCACAGCCCUCUUCUACUGUCCUGGAGUUUACGCAAAUUACAGCUCAGCUCUAUCCUUCACCUGUGUGUGGUACUCCGUGAUCAUCACAGCGGGCAUGGCCUACAUCUUCCUCAUCCAGUUGAUAAACAUCAGCUACAAUGUGACUGAGAGGGAAGUCCAGCAGGCCCUUCGGCAGAAGACGGGCCGCCGGCUCCUCUGUGGGCUCAUCGUGGACACAGGCCAGUACAACCGCGGCUUCCUGCGCAAUUGGCACCAGUUCUCCACCCUGGGCACACACCCUGCCCACGCCCCUGCUGAGGACAUCGUCUGAAGUGCCUUCCGUGCCGCUCUCCUUUCUCUGUCCUGUCUGUUUCACACUUGGUAUCCAUGAAGGGUUCAUCUUCAUCACCGUCUUCUCAGAGGUGUAGGGCCAUGCUCAGGUUUGAAGACAGGACUGAAGAAAAGGUCAUUUCCUUUUGACUUCAUAACUUAAGGGAUUUUGAUACUAAAGCUGCAGGCGUAGAGCCGUUCCUUUCCAGUCACCUUGCUGACUCAGUCACCAGAAGCUGCCAGGGAUGUGGGUUUCUCAGGCCCAGGCCAGUAGAAGGAGUUUCUGCCCUCUCAUCUGAGGAGUGUUACUAGGAUAGUCCCUAGUUCUCCUUUCAGUUCUUAAGAGCCAUAUGACCCCUUGGUAGCGUGGCUUUCCCAAGUCUCAGGUUCAUCUGCACGGGGGCCUCUGCUGCCUAGCUACCUCAUGGAGCAGCCAUGAGGGCCAUCUGAGGAAGGACGUGGAAAGUACUCCGAUCCAACUCAAGCACUCGGCGGGAUCCCUAGGACUGAAGCAGUCCGUAGAUCAGAACAUUGAAGCCGAUAUUAUUAAGACAAUUGGUGUGUACAGUUAUAGAAAUUCUCCUUAGUGACAGAUCCUGUCCUCAUGGACUGGACGUGACAGGAGGCUCGAUGCUGGUCAUCUUGUCUUGGGAAGGAUGAGAGUGAUAAUUACUAUCUAUGCUGUGGGCAGUGGGCAGCAGAUGGAUCAUUGUAGAUUUACUCUAAUGCUGACAAACAUUAAUGUCUUUCCUCCUUCCCAUUUCACCUGGUGAGGUGCUAGCACACUGGUGGGUGAUGGUGUCUGGACGGAAGGAGACUGUCCUGGGACCUACCCUCCUUCCUUCCUAAGGAGGCUGAUUAAUAGCAAGGGCUUGAUUUUUUAUUAUUGUUCGUGUAUAUCUAGUGCUGUAGGCUUAUAGCACACAAUGGGAACAUGCGCCUGGCAUGAGCUCUCGGGGUGACUGACAGCUUCCCACAUCCACACAUUGCUGCUUGCUCCCCUUUCCCUAUUGAAAGUCUCUAGGGGAGAAGAACUGGGUAUGUGCACUUUCCAACAGUGGACACCUGACUGCUCUUCCUAACUUCCGAUGUUGAACUGCUCCUUUGUGUCCCAGAGCUGGAACAUAGGAAAGACUGUGUGUUCCUGCAGCAUGCACUGUCUUUCUGCUCCUUCUUGAUGUGUUUGGUUUUUACACAUGUACUGUUCUGGGAUCCCAGAUCAAAGAUAAUUUCUGAGACCUUAAAUUUGCCUUGGCCUUGUUGCUCAGAGAUGGGAAACAGUGCUGCAUUUUCCCUUUUGUGCCUGCUUGUUAGCAUUGAGAGGAAAUACCACCUCCUCUGAAUUAGCCCUGUCCUUUGCAGCAGGUGCCACCCUUAGACUCGCCACUAGCCAGGGCUCUCCUGAAGACAGGCGCCACAUUUCCAUCCAGGGUUGUCAUUGCUCUCCCCAGAGAUCUAUUGUUUAACGAACACUAGACUCCAUAUUCUACUGGGGCUCACUAGAGAGAGCCUGGGGUGUUUUCAGUUUCUUGAGCGAUGCCUGUCCCUGGCGUAGAGUCAGACACUCAUUUAGAAUGAAAGUUGGCUUGGAUACAACUAAUUUCUGUGUGGGUUGUAGGUAAGAGAGAUGGUAGUAAUGUCAGACAGUGUAUGUGGGCAGAAAUUGGUAGUUUUCAUGUCUCUUGAAUGCCAGGUAUAUAGCCAACUCUGAAUGUCUAGCUGCUGCCAACAUUUAUAGAGAUCAUAUAGUCAGUGUUUGUAGCCUGCCUCAUUUUCAGCGGCAGUGCAGAUGUGAUGUGAUGGUGAGUGCUACAGCAAGACCCUCACUAGGAAUGAGGAAUGACCACUGCCUUCCUCAGAGUUUGCCGUCAAGGGUCAGUUCCCCUCACGCUGUUGGGAGGACUCAUUUUCGGCUCCGUGGCUCACUGGAAUGAAAUGAAGACGCUUAGGUUUCUUUUCUUUUUAGAUUUUCUUUGUGUGUGUGUGUGUGUGUGUGUGUGUGUGUGUGUGUGUGAAGGCCAGAAGAGCUCUCCUGGAGCUGGAGUUACAGGCAUCCAUGAGCUACCUGCCGUGGGUACUGAGAACUAAACUUGGGUCCUCCAGAAGAGCAGCCUGUGCUCCUCACUGCUGAGCCAUCUCUCUAGCCCCGGAGUUUAAGUUCCUGGAGAACUGAGGGGAGGGUUUCAGAAAGUCAGACCUGUAAGAAGAUCCUUGUUCUAUGGCUUUUUCAGCCUUCCCAUUCAGUCUUCCCUACUGAAAGUCUCUAGGGGAGAAGAACCGGGUAUGUGCGCUUUCCAGCAGUGGACACCUGACUGCUCUUCCUAACUCCUGAUGCUGAACUGCUCCUUUGUGUCUCAGAGCUGGAACGUUUCUGCAGAAUGCACCAUCUUUCUGCCACAGAGAUGAGAGAUUAAUAUGAGGAAAACUCCCUCUUGAUGUGUUUGGUUUUUACACAUGUACUGUUCUGGGAUCCCAAAGAUCAAAGGUCAUUUGUGAGACCUUAAAUUUGCCUUGGCCUUGUUGCUUCAUAGAGGGGAAGUGGGAAAUACACACUCAACCUUCUGAAGGGCUUGAUUCUAGGAGACAGUAAACCAGGGGCUGUCCACAAGCAGCCUCCUCUAGGCCCCAGGGUAGCUUUGGCAUAUAUUCCUAGACUUUUGACCUUGCUUAUGAUCGUCACAUGUUGGUGGGAUUCUGUUGUAGGCCUUGGUAUUCUCCAGGUGGUAAAAGAUUCAGCUGGAGCCUUUAAAAGGUCAAGGCCUUGCUGGUGGUAGUGGUGUUGCACGUCUUUAAUCCCAAGUAGUGGAUGUGACUUGCACUCUGGAGGCAAAGCUACACAGGGAAACCCUAACAAAAAAACCAAAAAAGAAAAAAACCAAACAAACAAAAAGCCAACCACCACACCACCACCACCAAAGAGCCAGGCCUUUCUCAAACAUCCAGUGUGGGUAAGUUCCAGUCCCUUGACUGUGGAGCAAGUGCUCCCCAGAGAUGUGCCUCCAGAUAGCAAUUCUCUCUCGGCCUACAUCUGAGCUUCAUAAAGACCCCUGUGUUUCUACCACACCAUCAUGUACAUUCCCAGCAAAGGGCGAUGGGUCUGCUUGACAGAGAAGAUCAAGACUGAAGGAAGGAGAAACCCCUUCGCUGGUAGACAUGUUUCUUAGGAACUUGCAACGUGAUAUGUGGUCAUCCUCACAGCCUUUUUGACAGGCUACUCUGAACGCCACUGAAAUGAAGCCUUAGAUGUAUUUUAGGGACAGUGCUGUCUGUUUCUUCAGCCACAUGGCUGUCUAGGAGAUUGUAAACCUCUGCUCUCUGAGUGGCGCUUUCCUUUGGUGAACGCAUUGUUUGCCAUCUACUGUACCAUCUGCCUAGAAGGAAGAUGGCUGAAAACUUCUCUUAUGCAAUAGUCCUCGAUACUUCUAAUAUUGUUAGCGAGAGGAAACUUUGUAUACCAGAACCUUCCACUGCCAGAAAACACAAUUCCAGUAAGAGCCUGUGUAAGGCUGAUAUGUCCCAACAGACUUACUUCCUUUGGUAGGACAUCUGCUUUUUAUAAACUCAACUGUAGACGCACAGCUUCACCCUCAAAGUUCAGGAAGAAACGUUCUGUGCACUUGCCCAUCUCUAUAAACUAAGUGAGUUUCUAUGACUUCACUUUCUGUUAGCCAUAUUUUGGUACUUUGCUUUUCAAAAAUGAGACUUUAUUCCAGACAAGUAGUGGAUGUGACUUGCGCUGGAGGCACCUGCUUGGAAUCUGGUUUGCUUAGCAGCAGUUUGACAAGUGAACUGUUUUCUGUUAAACAUGCAGAGGUCGUGUGGGCAAGAAUGAAAACCAUGUUAACUAAACUGAACACCACAUGGAACUCACGAUGAGUCCUGAUGCUGGUGGACCGCCAUCUGCACUGGAGCUGCUCUGUGCAUUUCACUGUGGGGACAGCGGUGAGCGCUGAGCGAAGCAGGCUUGCUCCACGUUGGGCGUGAGCCUUCCCGGGGCACUGUUCACCUUUAGAAAUUCAUAUUUAAAAGGCAAAUCUUUAAAACCAGAGAUGGUUUGUUCUAAUGACACAAGUAGAACUUUGAUUUUUUUUUCAGGCAAAACCAUCAACAAGAUGCCAUGUAAGAGCAGCAAGCUCCAUUCAUGGUGCCAGGGUCUGGGCAAUUUGAUGAUUUGUUAGGGCUCAGGGACCUUUGCAUCUGACCUAAUUUCAGGAUCUGGUGUUAACUAAGAGAAAUCCAGGAAUAAAUUUAACAUUAAAUCCAAUAUUUAAUAUGGAUGGCCCAACAACAGGAAGCGGGAUUCCUCAAGCCAAGCUGGAGGCUGAGGGGACAGUUGCACCUCUGGGCCUGUGUCCACAUCCUGUCACCUCAGCUCAGAAGCAAGGCCUUUUAAAUGGAGAUUUUACAAAACACUGCCAUUUGUGCAAAAUAAAGUCCUGUGACAAGUUGUUUAAAAGGAAAUAAAGUGUUUUCUUUACAGAAACAGUUGGUGAUUCUUGGUGUGUCCUGAAAUG